AAGCCUUUAACUUAUAAACCCUUAAAACCAUAAACAGCUUCUUCCUUCUCCCUCGCUUCUGUCAUGGCGAAAAAAUCAGAACCAUCCGGUGGCAACAUCAAUGACAUUAAGAAGAACAAGAAGAACAAGAAGACCGGUCCUAACGCCAUGGCCAUGAAGUCCAAGGCGGCGAAACCGAAUCCUUUCGAGUCAAUCUGGUCCCGUCGGAAAUUUGAUUUUCUCGGUAAGAAAGGCAAGGGAGAAGAACGCCGUAUGGGACUUGUUCGCUCUGCCGCCGUUGAAAAGAGAAAAAAUACACUCUUGAGAGAGUAUGAACAGAAUGCAAAGGCCUCGGUAUUCGUGGAUAAGCGUAUUGGAGAACAUAAUGAUACGCUUGGUGAGUAUGACAAGGCGAUGAUGAGGUCGCAGCGUCAAUACCAGAUAAAACUGAAGAAGAAGAGCCAGUAUAAUUUAUCUGAUGGAGAGGAAGAUGAAUUCGGCAUUGAAGGCUUUGGCUCAUUUUCGGGUAAAGAUGAUUUUGAAGAAGAAGUAACCUUUGAAGAUGAAGAAACCAUUGAGACAAAGAGAAAGCGUGCAAACGAAUCUACUACUGAUGCGUCAGAAGAUGAGCAGCAGAGGCCAAAAACUAAAAAAGAAGUGAUGUCGGAAAUAAUCGCAAAGAGCAAACACUUUAAGGCCCAAAAGGCGAUGGCUAAAGAAGAAAGUGAAAAGUUGACUUCUGAGUUGGAUAAGAACUUUACGUCAAUGUUGCAGUCUCAAGCAUUAUUAUCUUUGACCCAACCAAAGGCAACAAAUUUGCCUGAUCUUCAGCAGGAAAAAUCUGAUCCGUAUGACAAACUCGUUAGGGAGAUGAUAAUGGAGGCUCGUGCUCGCCCGUCUGAGAGGACAAAAACACUAGAAGAGGUUGAUGAAGAGGAAAAAGAACGAUUGGAGCGUAUGGAGGAAGAGCGUCAAAAAAGAAUGCAAGCUAAAGAAGACUCCAGUGAUGAGGAAGACGCGUCUGCAGAAGAUGCUGUCUUGAAGCCAAGGCCAAUUUCUGGAGAUGAUCUAGGCGACUCUUUCUCAAUUGACGAGCCACAACAGAAACUGAACUGGAUUGAGGAGAUUCGAGCAAGAAAAGAUGAAGAAGAGAAAGAUGAAGAUGGUAGUACUUCAGAAGAAUCAGGAGAUGAUGAAGAUGAUGAUGAUGAGGAAAGUGAAGAUGGUGAGAAACAUGACAAUGCCGAGUCCUUGAAGGACUGGGAGCAAAGUGAUGAUGAUAAUCCUGAUACAGAUUCUGAGGACAAUGCUGGUAUUGACGAAGAAUCAGAGAUGAAGAGCAAUGAAAUGCCAUCAAAACCCAAAAAAAUUAAGGAUCUCAAGCCUCAUGCUGAGGAACUUCCUUUUGUUAUUGAAGCUCCAAGCAGUUUUCAGGAACUAGCUGAGUUAUUUGAUACUCUCACGGAUGACCAAAUUGUAGAAGCAAUCAGCCGUAUUAGGAAAACUAAUGCAAUAAGUCUCGCCGCCGAAAACAGAAAGAAGAUACAAGUAUUUUAUGGCGUUCUUUUGCAGUAUUUUGCUGUUUUAGCUAAUAAGAAGCCAUUAAAUCUAAAUCUAAUAAAUCUGCUCGUCAAGCCCCUGAUAGAGAUGAGUAUGCAGAUCCCCUACUUUGCAGCCAUAUGUGCUCGACAAAGGCUUCUUCGAACUCGAACACAGUUUUGUGAGGAUAUUAAGCAGUCAGAAAAAGGUUGUUGGCCAUCUCUGAAGACACUGUUUUUGGUUAGACUAUGGUCUAUGGUAUUUCCAUGCAGUGAUUUCAGGCAUGUUGUCAUGACGCCAACAUUACUUUUAAUAUGUGAAUAUCUUAUGCGUUGUCGCAUCACAGGCGGUCAGGAUGUUGCAAUAGGUUCCUUCUUGUGCUCUAUGGUUCUCCUUAUAACUAAACAAUCUCGCAAGUUCUGUCCGGAAGCCAUAACAUUCCUCCAAACCCUUUUGCAGACAGCUAGAAAAGAAAAUCCCAGUCCAUCUGGGGAUUCUCAUUUAUAUGAUCUCUUGGAAAUCAAAACACACCGGCCAUUGCUUUGUAUAGAAGGUCAAGUUGAACAGAUUAGUCCACUUGAUUUUCUUUCCGUAGUGGACAUGCCAGAAGACUCCCCGUUUUUCAAUUCUGACAAUUUCAGGGCUAGCAUGCUGUUCUCUGUUAGUGAGACUGUGCUAGGGUUUGUGCACGUUUAUGAAGGAUUUAGUUCCUUCCCGGAGUUAUUUUCACCAAUUAGAGAAUCACUAGUUAACUUGGUAGGACAAAAGCACAUGCCAGAUUCACUACAAGAGAAAUUCAAAGAUAUCGCUCAUAUCAUAGAGAAGAAAAUCGAGGAACAUUAUGUGAUACGUAGACCCUUGCAGUUGCUGAAGCAGAAGCCAGUACCUAUCAAAUUAGUUAAUCCAAAGUUCGAAGAAGACUAUGUAAAAGGUAGGGAUUAUGAUCCUGACCGAGAACGGUCAGAGAGGAAAAAGUUGAAGAAACAGGUGAAGCAGGAACAGAAGGGGGCUAUCCGAGAGCUACGAAAGGAUAACCACUUCUUACAAGGAGUUAAGGACAGAGAGAAGGCUCUCGCAAAGGAAGAAAUGGCUGAGAAGUACGGUAAAGCGAGAGCAUUCCUUCAAGAGCAAGAACACGCUUUCAAGUCUGGCCAACUUGGGAAUAGUGGCAAGAAGAGGAGAAAAUGAUCAAUCAAAUAUUAUAUGCUCUGCCUGCUAUUGUUGUUUCAUUUCAAUCAACAGUGAGUGGAAUUUUGUAGUGACUAUUUAUACUUUCUUUUGUCAUAAUGAAUUUUUGUAGGGAUUUUUUAAGAUAUGUUGU